AUGAGCCAUGCCUACGUCCUUCCAUUGAGCGUCUACCGGUCAUCUCCUCAGAUGAGAUGUUUGCUGCAAGCAAUGCAAAUGCAUGGAGGGAGCUGGUUCUGCAACAGGUCGAUGAAGGAUCGAAUUCUUCGAGUGACGAGUGAAUUCCAACUCUGUGCCACUCUUGAGUCCAUCAGUGCUAUGGCCUGCGAGUGCCAGGAACCUUUCUCGACUACAACCCAUGCAGCCGAGAAGUGCCAGGAAAUGCUUCUAUCAUGGUACAAGACGCAUCUAUCUGCUGCUGCUCCUGGUGAGGCCUGGGCAUAUCCAUUAAGGAUUCUCUGGCAUGCCAUUUUCAUCCUCUUAUACUCGGAUAUCGGUGCGCUUGAGCGAGCCUGUGGUAGAGACGGCCCUGAAGCAGCUCGAGAAGCCAUUGGAUACGCUCGAGAGUGGGCAAAUUCCCAGGACGCGAUCAGAUCUCUAAUACAUGCUGUCUGCAUCAGAAAACACUUCGAGUCAAUGUCCAUUGGGUCUGAGUGUCCACUACAGAUCCCCACCUGCCUUUACCAUUGUGGUAUCAUCUGGUUUUGCUUUGGGCAUAUCGGGAAUAGCAGCAACGGAGCUAUCAUGGAACGCAACUUUCCAGAAUUAGAUCUGGCUGGAGUGCAUGUUGGCGAACUCGGUGCAGCAGAAUUGAGGAACACUCAAGUCGAGCGGAAGGCUGCGAAUCAGGUCUUCGGGAUAAUCGGCCUCCUGAAGAGCAUACGGUAUUGGAAGUUAUCUUUAAGCCUCGCUUCAGCCUUGCUUGCGCUUAUCGAGGGGCAGGAGAAUGUUUUCUAA